AUGUCUGAAGGCUUCAUCCAUUUAAAGAGACAAGUGUCCAACUCGAGUGACGAUGCCACAACCUUGAUCCAAGACGAUGAAAAGUUGGAGAAGGAAGUGCCCUCUUCGGUGAUGUACAUCCCGGAAGAAGGAAGAUUUGGUGAUCAUAGCACCCUAGUCGAUGGACAAACCGGAACUGGUUCCAGUAGCAAGGCUCUAUCCAGUACUGGCUUGUCUAAGAGAACUCAAAACAUGGCUGCGUCUCUCCAACAGCUCCAAUACAACGAAUACAAGAUCAGUUUGGAUAGAGCAAUCAACCAAACCAUCGAGCUCUUGUAUGAAUUGACGGAAGAAAAUCAAAAGAGACCAGUGUUUUACCCUACCAAGACUGGCACUAAUAACGAUCUUCUUUUAAACUCCAAAAGUGCUCACAUAGCCAUGAUCAUGAACGAAAAGUCUUCCAAGGCUCUUGAAAAGGCGAAGACUGCCAUGGAAGAAGAGGACGAAGAACUUCCAACCUUCAAGAUCUUGAAGCUUGACCUCAAGAGCGGUCACAAUGAAGACAACUUGAUGCAAAAUUUGGACAAGAAAUCCAUUUCCUCGCUUUUAACCAAGAAGUUGUCUCAGCAAGUCAAGUAUUUGCUUAACUUAAAGGAUCGUGUUGAUGACACCACCUCGAAGGUGUUUGUCACUGGUGACUUAAACUCGGGUAAGUCUACCUUCUGCAACGCUUUAUUGAGAAGAAAGCUUUUGCCUGAAGAUCAACAACCCUGUACCUCAGUAUUCUGCGAGGUUAUUGAUGCUUCAAAAGAAAAUAAUAGUAUAGAAGAAGUCCAUGCUGUUAGAAUUGGCUCGGAAUAUAAUCAAAGGGAUGAGAGCACCUACGAGAAAUUUCCACUUGAUAAAUUGGAAGACUUGGUCUAUGAUUUCGACUCAUACCAGCUUUUAAAGGUGUACGUUUUAGACAACAGGACCUUUCAAGAGAGCUUAUUACACAAUGGGGUGAUCGACAUCAAAUUGAUUGAUGCUCCGGGAUUGAACUUGGAUUCUUAUCAAACCACACAAGUAUUCUCUAGACAAGAAGAGAUUGAUCUUGUUGUUUUCGUGGUGAACUCGGAAAACCAUUUCACACUCUCAGCCAAAGAAUUCAUUGCAGCAACAGCAGCUGAAAAGAGAUACGUUUUCAUUGUCGUCAACAAAUUUGACAACAUCAAAAAUAAGGAAAGGUGUAUGCAAAGAAUUUUAGAUCAGGUAAAGACGUUGUCACCCGAUACAUACAAGAAUGCUAAGGAGUUUAUUCAUUUUGUUAGUUCUACUGAUGUCUUGGGUGACGAUGGCCCUGACGGUGAUGAUGAUCCAGAUAACAACGACGGUCCCGAAAGAUCAAAUCCUGACUUUGAUCACUUGGAAGCAUCUUUGAGAAAGUUUAUUUUGGAAAAGAGGGCUAUUUCUAAAUUGUUGCCAGCAAAGAGUUAUUUGCUCAACAUUUUGAAUGAUUUGGAGUCAUUGUCCAGACUCAAUGAGAAAGUGUAUACCAAGGCCAAAGAGCAAAAGGUGCAUGAACUCAAAAACCAGAUCAGUCCCAAGUACAACGAAAUAAUGUCUAAAAGUAUUAAAAUUGGUGACACAAUCAACAAUCUUAUUGAUCAUACCUAUACUGAGGUAUAUAACAAUACCAAGAAGGAAAUAUUGACUACUGUCAAUCAAUUGGGAGAGUCAUCUCUUGGGGUACAAUUCAACGGGAUUCAGAAUUUGUAUGAGUUUGCAAGAGACACGCAGCAACUGAUGUUUAACAGAAUCUUGGAAACGAUUAUCACUUGUGAAGAAGAUGCAAGAAGUAUAACCUCCGAAAAGGUCGAUGAGAUUAUCAAAUACGGUCAAAGCAACUUAGGUGAAGAGUUUUUGCAUGACAAAGUCUUCAACUCAGAACUCAUGUUUACCCGCAAACGUGAUUCCAUAAAGAAAAAGCUAGACGAUAGUAUUGAAUUUUCUGAUUUCUUCGACCCUUCAUUAGAGAGCUUCUUGUUGUGGAUUGGAGUUCCUAGUACAUUCGUCUCUACUACCAGAGACCAAAUCAAUUACUACAAUCCAGUCGGAUUAAUAACCAGUAUUCCUAGUAAUGCAAUGGCUUUAAAGCAGCUGGUUCCAUCUCAAUUAACGUUGCAUACCCUUUAUUCCUCGGGCAAGAUCCUCACUACUGGUGCACUUGCCAAAAAAGCCUGGGAAUUAUCGCAUGUGUUGACCCCAACUGUGAUCAAGAAGAUUGCCAUGCCACUCGUGGUUUGUGUUUCGGGUGUUACCAUCUAUUAUUUAUUGAAUGAUAUUCCGCAUGCCUUCCCUAGAAACCAGGCAAAGAAGAUAAAGAAACAGAUUCAUGAGUUGGAUUACCCACAUAAUAAUGCUACUAGAAUAGCAAGAGAAUGUCAAAGAGUCUUGAACUAUCCAUCUAGACAAGUUAUGAACAAUUUCCAAACAAGUAUAGAUAAGAGAUCAUUAGAAAAGGAGAAGCUUGAAAAGGCAAUUAAAGAUGCCGAAAUCAGCUCCAGCUAUUUCUCUGGCUUAUUAGGAAAGGCUGUUUAUCAAAAGGGAUUGGUGGAAGAAAUCGAUUUGGAAAGUAUGAAUCAAGUCGAUUGA